AUGACGUUAGUUAUGCGGCCUGACGGCGAUGGGGUGGCGGGGGGUGGGGUUGGAGAUAGACGCGCGGACGGCACCGGCAAUAUCCAAGGCGAUGGAGGCGCUCGUGAUAACUCCGACACAGACGAGGAGGAAGAGCACUUUGAUAUCUCACUGGCGGCGUCACACUCCUACAUGGGAGGAAGCCUGCAACCGGUAUCAGGACGCAGUGUCCUGGAGGCGGGAUGGGAGGGCCGCGUACCAGUAUUAGCACAUCAUGGAGCAGUGUUUCCUGGCGAGACUGUCCCCAUGCUGCUCAACAAUGCACACGACGCCUCUAUGCUAACACAGGCUAUCAACCACGACAAGCUCUUCGGUCUGCUCUGCCCCGACGAGAGCGGCGCGAUGGUGUCGGGCUACGGCGUGCUGUGCGAGGUGUUCGAGGCGGGCAUGACGGGCGGCGCGCCCGGCGACGAGGAGCCCGCCUCGCUGACGUUCAAGGCGCGCGCCAACCACCGCUUCCGCUUCGUGGACAUGCCCGAGGCCGGCCUGCCCAUGCACGUGUACGCCAGGGUGCGGCCGGCGGACGUGGUGGUGCUGCCGGAGGAGGUGAGCGCGGCGCCGCUGCAGCGCGCGCGCCUGGCCAGCCUGGACCCGCUGCGCCGCGCGCGCACGCCGAUGGACCGGCGCCUGCGGGCCAUGGACGCGGCGGUGACGGCGUGGCCGCUCUUCGUCUACGACAUCUUCGACUACGCCCGCAUGCGCAAGAUCAUCCAGGACUACUUCAAGACGCUCGCUUUCGACAAGCUGCCGGAGGAGCCGGUGUCGCUGUCGUUCUGGGUGGCGCGCAACCUGACGCUGUCGGCGCGCGACCGCCUCGCGCUCUUCGUCGUCGACAACGCGCUGCUGCGCCUGUACAUGGAGGUGCGCGACAUCGCGCGGGUCCGUAUCCUCCGACGCCCGGCCGCGCUCGGCCGUCGGAGCCGAGCGAGACCGUCCGGCUGCUUCCAGAAAAGCGUGCUGUGCUGCUGCGCGUGCGCCACGGAGAUCGCGCGGCGCGAGCACGUGUUCGCCAUGUCGAGCGACGGCCUGCACGGGAACUACACCAACCUCCGCGGCUACAUGCACGACAUCGUGACGGUGUCGCGCGCGACCAACACGGAGCUGACGGGCGCGCCGUCGGCCGAGUACUCGUGGUUCCCCGGCUACACGUGGACCAUCGCCGUGUGCGCGUCGUGCAUGGCGCACGUGGGCUGGCGGUUCGACGCCGCGCGGCGCAGCCUGCGGCCGCAGCAGUUCUUCGGCCUGUGCCGCAACUACGUGGCGCCGCGCACUGUCGUCGUGACAAUGGGAAGAGCUAGAACUACGGUCGUCAGACGGAAAAUAAAACAUCACGAUAAAAAUGGGACGACAAAUAAUCGCAGCUUCAAAGGAUUCCGUCGUUCAAACGACAAUGCGGCUGCCGUGAACCGAUACAUUGCCGUCACGAUCUAG